CUCUGUUUCACAUUAUCAUUCUCCUCUCUAUAAAUAAAAUGCCAUUAAUUUCAUUGUUUCCCAUUAGGCCCACAAUUCUACUAGCUCAAACUUAAUUGCUCUGCAAAAAUGACUUUGGAAGCAAGUGAAAAAUUAGUGACCAAACAACAAACAGGUGGUGUGCAAGCAUCACCAGCACAAGAACCUGAUCAUCAGCUUCCUUGCCCACGCUGUGACUCUAUCAACACAAAGUUCUGCUACUACAACAACUAUAAUUUGUCUCAGCCCCGCCAUUUCUGCAAGUCUUGCCGCCGUUACUGGACCCAAGGGGGCACUUUACGUGACAUCCCCAUUGGUGGAGGUAGCCGCAAAAAUGCCAAACGCUCCCGUAUUUACACCAAUACCCCCUUUUCCUCCACCAUUGCUUCAGUUUCUCCUCACGUAGUACCCGGUAAUUCUCCGUUUGUGCUUCCUCUUCCUGCAGCCAAUCAAUUACUUUUUGGUACCGAUGUGAAGCCUAUCAAUAAUUUCACGUCGUUGUUGAGUUCUCAUGGGCCUGGGGUUUUAGCGCUGGGUGGAAUUGAGGAUAUGGGGUUUGGUAUUGGAAGAGGUGCCGUUUGGCCGUUUCCCGGAGCUCCAGAUCCGUAUGGUCGGAAUUAUAACAAUGGUGGCGGAGCCGGGAUGUGGCAGUUCUCCGGCGGAGAUUAUUUUAAUUAA